GGUCCAGCAGGACACGUCCAGACAGCUGAGGCAUUCUGCUCUCGUGAAAAUGGAGGUGUUGGGGUUGGUAGAUAUUCCGACCUGGCUACAAUGGCUGAUGGUGUUCAUUGGGCUGAUAGUGGCAUACGUUGUAUAUAUGUCGUGGGACCACAACACGUUUAAGAAGAUGGGAAUUGAUGGUCCUAAGCCUAAUCCAAUUUUUGGGAACAUGAGGAUGUUCUUUAAAGACGGACUUAUUAAGACGGAACAAGAUAUGUACCGCAAAUAUGGCAAAGUGUUUGGGAUGUACGAGUCCUAUAUUCCGGUAUUGUACAUCGCUGAUCCGGUACUUUUGAAGGAAGUCCUGGUCAAAGAAUUCAAAAGUUUCGUCAAUAGAAGGGAUACAUUUAAUAAAUUUAGUGAAUCCAACACGAAGAACAUGCUUACACAGAUAAGUGAUGACCACUGGCGAUUUGUCCGGAAUACUGUUACCCCAACAUUUAGUGGUAAAAAGCUGCGACAGAUGACACCUUUGAUAAACAACUCUGCGAACAAAUUCAUUGAACACAUAGAAGAGAAGGUAAACAAUGACGAAGAAAUUGACAUGAAAAGAUUUAUUGGAGGGUUUACAAUGGAUGUAAUUGCUAGCACUGCGUUCGGUCUGGAUGUCGACAGCCAGAAUAACCCAGAUGAUCCUUUCACAAAGCAUGCCCGAGCUUUCAGCGACACCACUGCUAUAGCUUUUCUUGUCGUUAUUUUGUUCUUUCUGCCAUUUUUAAGCUGGAUUUUCAGACUGUUAUCAUUCUUUGGAUUCGGCUUGACGAAAAUGAAACAAGCAAAUGAUUUCUUCUCGCGUGUCACUGACAAAGCUUUAAAAGAAAGGCGACAAACACCAGGGAAACAUUCUGAUUUCCUUGGAAUAUUGGUGAAUGCCGAAGAAAAUGGCGCACAGGAAAAGCAGGAAAAUGAGCAGAAAGCCGAAAAUGAAACAUCGACUACUUGGACCCGCAAGACACUGACUGCAGAAGAGAUCACUGCUCAAGCUACUUUAUUUUUCGUCGCCGGGUACGAUACGACAGCUAAUACUCUUUCUUUCCUGAUGUACCACCUAGCUGUCCACCCAGACGUCUGUGACAGACUUUUCCAGGAAAUAGACGACAAGUUAGAUGGGGAGAAACCUAACUAUGAUAACGUGGCCAAUCUUUCCUACAUGGAAAUGUGUAUCAAUGAAACGAUGAGGCUCUUCCCUGCUGCAGCAAGAAUUGACCGCAUGGCCUCCAACGAUGUUACCAUAGGAAAUAUCAAGAUCCCGAAAGGAAUGAUUAUAAACAUACCUGUAGGUGCCAUACAGAUGGAUCCCGAGUACUGGCCAGAACCCGAGAAGUUCGACCCGGAAAGAUUCACCCCAGAGGCCAAGGCUAACAGAGACCCAUUCGUCUUCAUGCCAUUCGGUGCUGGUCCCCGCAAUUGUGUUGGAAUGAGACUGGCUAUGCUUGAACUCAAGAUUGCAAUAACAAGAAUUCUGCAGAAAUUCCGACCUGUUAAAGGUCCAAAAACAGAGGUUCCUAUCCAAGUUUCCAAAAUGGGAAACCUUCCAUUGGGACUUUACCUUAAAUUUGAGAAGAGGGAGUAAAGUUUUGAAGUUACAGGUUCCUAUCCAAGUUUCCAAAAUGGGAAACCUUCCAUUGGGACUUUACCUUAAAUUUGAGAAGAGGGAGUAAAGUUUUGAAGAAGCCAGGAUCAGUGUGCUACAUAACAAUCGUUUUGUACAAAUCGAUAUUUACCCAAAGGUGUUACAUUAGAGACACCUACUUGUGGACGAGAUAAAGAAAUAUCUGUAAUUGAUAACAGUUGAUUUUUAGGUUUGUAUGCUUUGCAAAUGAAUUCAAAAGACAAAUUUCAUGUUGCACUUUGAGAAUGGAUGCCGCAGAUGGAUCCCCUGUCAAUCAUUAUCGAUUGACAUGCUUGCGAAUGAUAAUUGUUAUCAACGAUAAUCUAGUGUUAGAUUGUAGAUAUUUAUAUAUAACAUAAGUUUGUUAUAUAUUUUGAUACUGAAAUUAUUUAGAACAUAUUUCAACAGGUAUUGUUGUUGAUUAACGAGCUAUUAAAACAAAUACAUCGAUUGACACGUCGUUGAAAUCUUGGUGCAUACACUGAGGUAAAAAUAGUCUGUAGUUUUGUUUUUUCCUAAAUAUCGUGUCCUUUUCUGUCGGUUUUUUUUUCAGAACUUUCCUAAUGGAACAUUUUGUGAUAUAUAUAUAUAUAUAAUCGUUUAAUUGUAUAUGAUUAAGUGAUACACAAUAUAGUCUGUUUGUAUUGAAGCUUCUACGAUAUCAAUUAUACGGACAUUUUGACAAAUUAUGCGUGACAGAAUAUCAAACGUAACGGCAUGAUUAUAAUAUACUUUAUUGAUAAUGCAAACAUGGCGGUGAAAUAAUGUAGUAUAUUGUACAUGUCAGGCAAAAUUUGUAAUUUCCCAUUCCAACCUCUACAUGUACAGACGAAACGUUUGCAUAUCUCUUUGUUUGUUUUUUUAUUUAUCAGUUACAUUUAGAAUUCGCGUGACGUAAUCAGUAGUAAACAGUGACAACGGCAACACGUUACCUAACAGCUGUAAAUAAAGGCAUAUUUGUAGUAAA